UCUUCUCAGGGCUGAGUGGCGAGUCACGACGCGAUUCAUUUGAAGCUCGAGCUAUCCUCUCUCUCUCUCUCUGUCGCGCGCGUUUGAUCGAUCCUUCCUCUUUGUAGAUAUAACAUUUUAGAGUUCGGCUUUUGAUGGUAUGUAGCUAGCUGGUUUCAUACUGUAUAGAGCUUUAAACACUACUUGCAAAAAAAUGGCUUCAAGAGCGCUUCUCCGAAGAAGGAAGUACAUCGUCCAGUCUCUAAGUGAACAGUUUAACACGAUCCAAUGUCUUUCAAGCGUUGAGCGUCAAGGAUAUGAGAGCAUUAGGGGUCUUGAUUCUGUAAAAACUGAUUCCAAAUUGCUCUCUUUUCUCAAGAAUAAAGAGUCGUUCACUUCCAAUUUGGAUGGGUUUCAUACAAGUCGAUUGCUUCAGUCUCCUAAUUUUAGUAACGGAGGAGUUGGAAAGUUAGAGUUUUCUUACCCGUUGGGGUAUAGAUCGGUUCAACAGUCUUUGUGGUCUUCUGUGGCGACGGCCAACAAGCCUGAUGAUGAUAAAAAGGGAGAGAAGAUUACUUCACAGAGCAAAGAAGCCUCUCCGGAGGAGUGUGAUGAAGCAGUGGAGGGGCUGAGUUUGGCUAAAGCUAAAGCUAAAGCGAAGAAAUUGGAAGAAUCGCAAAAAUCUGAUGUAUCUGUUAUGCAACGUGUGAGGGCGUUUCUUCUUGGAAUAGGUCCUGCUUUGAGAGCUAUUGCAUCCAUGAGCAGGGAGGACUGGGCCAUCAAGCUUCGCCACUGGAAAGAUGAAUUUAAAUCUACGCUGCAACACUACUGGCUGGGGACGAAGUUGCUCUGGGCUGAUGUCAGGAUUAGUGUUAGGCUGCUUGUUAAACUUGCUAAUGGGAAAGGUCUCUCUAGGAGGGAACGACAGCAACUCACUCGAACCACUGCCGACAUUUUUAGAUUAGUCCCGGUUGCAGUUUUCAUUAUUGUCCCGUUCAUGGAGUUCUUGCUACCGGUAGCUCUGAAGCUGUUUCCAAACAUGCUCCCGUCGACUUUCCAGGACAAGAUGAAAGAAGAGGAGGCACUAAAAAGAAGGCUGAAUGCAAGGAUGGAGUAUGCAAAGUUUCUCCAAGAUACUGUGAAAGAAAUGGCAAAGGAAGUCCAAACCUCGCGCAGUGGAGAGAUAAAAAAGACAGCAGAAGAUCUAGAUGGAUUCAUGAACAAGGUCAGAAGAGGAGUUGGUGUUUCAAAUGAUGAAAUUUUGGGUUUUGCUAAACUAUUCAAUGAUGAGCUUACAUUGGAUAACAUUAACAGGCCUCGAUUGGUAAAUAUGUGCAAAUACAUGGGUAUUAGCCCAUUCGGAACGGAUGCAUACUUGCGUUAUAUGCUUCGGAAAAGAUUACAGGAGAUUAAAAAGGAUGAUAAGUUGAUCAAAGCUGAGGGUGUGGAGUCUCUUUCAGAAGCUGAACUUCGCCAAGCUUGCAGAUACAGAGGAAUGCUUCAAUUAGGUUCAGUUGAAGAAAUGAGACAGCAGUUAAUUGACUGGCUGGAUUUGUCCCUUAACCAUUCAGUUCCAUCGUCCCUCUUAAUUCUCUCUAGAUCUUUCUCGAUGUCUGGGAAACUCAAGCCGGAAGAGGCUGUUCAAGCUACUCUCUCUUCUCUGCCAGACGAGGUUCUGGACACAGUUGGGGUCACAGCUCUGUCAUCAGAAGAUUCUGUAUCAGAAAGGAAGAGGAAGUUAGAAUACUUAGAAAUGCAAGAAGAAUUAAUCAAGGAGGAAGAGGAUGAAGAAGAGGAGGAAAUGGCAAAGAUGAAAGAAUCUGCUUCAAGCCAAAAAGAUGUAGCGUUGGAUGAGAUGCUGGCUUCUACAGCUAAAGAUGCAAAUGAACAAGCGAUAGCGAAAACUCUUGAGAAACAUGAGCAGCUAUGUGAGCUCAGCCGUGCAUUGGCAGUUUUAGCUUCCGCAUCUUCUGUUAGCAUGGAGCGUGAAGAGUUCCUCAAACUAGUUAAAAAGGAGGUAGAUCUAUACAACAGCAUGGUAGAGAAAGGUGGCACAGACGAUGAGGAAGAAGCUAGGAAAGCUUACUUAGCUGCUCGAGAAGAUAGUGACCGAAGUGCUCAGAAAGCAAUCGCUGAUAAAACUUCUUCUGCACUGUUAGAUAGGGUUGAGUCCAUGCUCCAGAAACUUGAAAAGGAAAUAGAUGACGUCGAUAACAAGAUUGGAAACCGCUGGAGACUCCUGGACAGAGAUUAUGAUGGAAAGGUAAGUCCAGAUGAAGUUGCAUCGGCUGCCAAGUACCUAAAGGACACAUUGGGCAAAGAGGGAAUUCAAGAGCUUAUUCAGAAUCUUUCUAAGGAUAAAGAUGGCAAAAUUCUGGUGGAAGAUUUGGUGAAGUUAGCGAGCGAGAUUGAAGAUGCUGAAGAAGCAGCUGAGGAGGCGGCGAAUGAGCCAACCAAGCCUUGAGAUUGUUUGUUCUUUUGUGUGUUAUCUCACUUUCACGAUUCAUAUUUCUGUUUACUGGAAAGUAAAAUUCACAUAGUAUGACUAAAAAUCUAUC